CAUCUCACUGGGACAGCCGCAUGCGCACUCCCUGGAACAGUAGUUUCGGAAAACCUGUCCUGAGUCUCUGAGUUCAUCCUCACCCCUCCCGGCGAAAGAAAAGUGACAAUUGUGCUCUUGAAAAUUCUCCGACUCCGGAGAUAUUUUCUUGUGAAAAAUUUUGGGCCGUGAUUUUCCUAGGCCAGCUCAUAAUGUCUCUCCUGAGUUUUUGCUGAUAGAGACACUUAAGAUGCCCGAACACUUGGAGCUGCAGCAACUUGUCGACGGAGGCUCUUUGAGGCACUCCCGCAGGCGUCUGAUGUCUUUCUUCAGGUGUUCCUGUCCAUAUCUGGGAAUCCUCCUGGCCACCCUGUCUUCUCUCUUCUUCUCACUGUGUUCGGUGAUUGUGAAGGGGCUUGUCGAUAUAAACCCAAUGGAACUAGCAUCAUUCCGAUUUGUGGGGGUCCUCUUGCCGACGAUUCCAAUAGUCAUCCAUAGGCAGACACCCAUCUUUCCGGAGGGUAAACGAAUAAUCCUCCUGUGUAGGUGUUUCGUGGGCACAACAGGCCUCAUGCUCAGCUUCUAUGCAUUCCGUCACAUGCCUCUGGCCGAUGCGUCUGUGAUCAUUUUCUCAACACCAGUCUUCGUGGCAAUCUUUGCCAGGCUCUUCCUCAAAGAGCCCUGCGGCACCUUUAACAUCAUCACUGUCCUCCUCACUCUCUUGGGUGUGGUUCUCAUUACUCGCCCACCUGCCAUCUUCGGCGAUACGGUGCCUAGUCUCACGGAUGAUCAAAUGCCUGAUACCAACUAUGAUCUCUGGGGUCCCGUGGCAGCACUCUCGUCCACACUCUUCGGUGCUAAUGCUUACGUCCUCCUGCGCGCUCUCAAGGGACUCCACUUUUCCGUAAUUAUGACCAACUUUGGCGCUUUUGGACUCAUUUACACGGCCAUUGUAUCCUGGACAAUUGGUUCCCUAUGCCUUCCAUCCUGUGGCACUGAUCGCCUGCUUGUAGUAGCACUUGCUCUCUUCAGCUUCCUAGGUCAGAUCCUGCUUACGCUAUCACUGCAGAUGGAACAGGCAGGACCUGUGGCUAUUGCCCGGAGUGCCGACAUCGUCUUCGCCUUCUUCUGGCAGGUCAUCUUCUUCCACGAAGUGCCCAACUUCUAUUCCAUCCUCGGCGCCCUUCUAGUCAUCAGUUGUGUCAUCCUCACGGGUCUCCGUAAGUGGGUUCAGGCCCUUCCACGUGACUCUUCCAAGCGUCAGCGCUUCAAGUGGCUCGCUACCGAAUAGAUCUCAUCUCCCUCUUUUUCCACGUCGCACACAUUCUGAGAGUCAACCAAGAAAACUAGAAAUAUUUUUUAACAUGGAACAAAUAAAACUCAUUCGCCAAAGAUAGGCUAGAUUAA